AUGGAUUCUUCCUUCCUGCAGGCUUUAAUUAAUUACUACUGUCAGGAAGGCUAUUUUCGUCAUGUUCAGACUAUUGCCAAUGAAGGCUUGAAGACAUUUGGCAAUGACCCAGUGUUUAUUUUCUACCGUUCUUAUGGCAUUUUGAUGGAAGGGCACACCCAGGAAGCUCUUCUCAGUCUUGAAUCCAUUAAAACCAAACAAGAGGUUUCCUUGUGCACAGUGAUGGCAAUGAUCUAUGCCCAUAAAAAAAGUCCAAACCCAGAUCAGGAAGUUAUCGUGGAACUUGAUGCCAAGCUGAAGGAGCAUCGUAAGACAGCAGGACAGGAGGCUUUAUAUUUUGCAGGACUGUUUUUGUGGCAUAUUGGCCGCUAUGAGAAAGCCCGUGAAUACAUUGACAGAAUGAUCAAGAUCUCAAACGGCAGUAAAGAGGGGUGGAUUCUAAAAGGAUGGCUUGAUGUGACUAGUGGGAAAGAGACAAGCAUGAAAAAAGCUGGAAAAUGUUUUGAUGAAGGGCUCCAAAAUGGGAAUGAUAUUUUUGGCCUGAUGGGUAAAGCCCAGUAUUUUGAAGUGCGUCAGAAUUAUUCAGGAGCUUUGGAAACUGUGAAUCAAAUAAUUGCAAAUUUCCCACACUUUCUUCCGGCAUUUAUAAAAAAGAUGAUGCUUCAGCUGGCUUUGCAGGAUUGGGAGCAGGCAGCUGAGACUGCCCAGAGGUUGUUGCAGAAAGAUGCUCUCAACCUAGAUGCUUUAAAAAUGGAGGCUGUUCACUAUUUGUGCAGGGCAGGAAACAUACCUGAGGCUUCAUCCAGGCUGAAAGAUCUGAUUAGUGCUUUGAAUCAGUUGGAACCACAGAAUCCUCAACUUUUCUGUAAGAUAGCCUUAGUUUUUAGCAGAACGUGUGGCCGCAAUCCACACAUCCUGCAGCUGACCCAGAUGUUGGUAGACAGAGCUUUCAGCUUAGCUCCUCAGAAUGCAGACAUUGCUACAGAGCUGGGCUAUCAGAUGCUUUUUCAAGGAAAAAUAAAGGAAGCUAUGAAAUGCUACAAAACUGCUAUGGCUCUUGAUGAAACAAGUGUUCCUGCACUAACAGGAAUUAUCCGAAGCCAGUUAAUGGAAGGGAAGUUAGAUGAUGUAGAGCAGCAAUUGGAGUUCCUGAAUGAAGUUCAACAGUCUAUUGGAGUAUCAGCAGAGCUGUCUUAUCUACGUGCGGUUUUGGCUAUGAAGAAAAAUAAAAGACAAGAAGAAGUUAUUACUUUGUUGAAUGAUGUCCUCGAUGCCCAUUUUUCUUCUCUCCAGGGUUUACCUCUUGGUAUAGAAUAUUUUGAAAAAUUAAAUCCUGAUUUUUUGAUAGAAAUUAUUAAGGAAUAUCUUAAUUUUUGCCCAAGUCAGCCAGCAGGCGCAGGACAGCCUCCUUCACCACUUCUGAGGCCUUGCGCAUCAGUCCUUGAAACUGUGAUGAAAACAGUCCCUGGUCUUUUACAAGCUGCCUACUUGGUUGCAAAAGUGAAAUAUUUAUCAGGCAACUAUGAAGCCUCUGAAAGGAUCUUACAACACUGUCUGGAGCAGAAUCCUUCCUACGCAGAGGCUCAUCUCCUCAUGGCUCAAGUUCAUUUGUUGCAAAACAACUUCCAACUCUGUGCCCAGUCUCUGGAGCUCUGUCUAAGUUACAACUUUCAGAUUAGGGACCAUCCUGUGUACCACUUAAUAAAAGCUCAAGCCCAGAUAAAGAUGGGUGAGAUAGCAGAAGCCAUUAAAACCUUGCAGAUGGCAAUGAAUUUGCCAGGGAUGAGAACAAGUACACCGUCCUCUAAAUCAAAAGCAAUUGAAAUCGAUGGGCGCGAUCGUCUCUCUCUCUACCUGGAACUGGUAGAGGCUCAUCGUUUGAAUGGUGAACAGCAUGAAGCUGUUAAAAUCCUCCAAGAUGCUAUCAAUGAAUUUUCUGGUACAACUGAAGAACUGCGGGUCAUGAUUACUAAUGCAGACUUAGUUCUUAUGCAAGGAGAUGUUGAAGCAGCUUUAACUAUGUUCAGAAAUAUAACACCAGAGCAGACUUAUUUUGUUCAAGCCAAAGAAAAGAUGGCAGAGAUCUACCUGAAGUACAGGAGAGACAAGAAGCUGUAUGCAAGCUGUUAUAGAGACCUGGUGGAAAAAAUGCCAAGUCCCCACACCUUUCUUCUCCUUGGUGAUGCAUACAUGAAUAUCCAGGAGCCUGAAAAAGCCAUAGAGGCUUAUGAACAGUCUUUAAAGAAAAAUCCUAGAGAUGGAGCCUUGGCUCGUAAAAUUGGGAAUGCUCUAGUCAAGACUCACAAUUAUUCAAAGGCAAUCAGUUACUAUGAAGCUGCUCUGAAAACUGGACAGCAGAAUUUCCUCUGUUAUGACUUGGCUGAGCUACUGCUAAAAUUGAGCCAGCAUGACAAAGCAGAAAAGGUUCUUCGGCAAGUCUUAGAUCAUGAACCUGGCAAUGAUUUGUCUUCUCUGAUGGAAGAUAUCCAGUACCUGGUUCUUCUUGCAAAGGUUUACAGCAAAAUGGAGAGAACUGUGGAUGCUGUUAUUUCCUUGCAACAAGCUCGCGAGAUGCAAGCCAAAGUAUUGAAGCGGACUCAGAUUGAGCAGCCGGAUGCUGUUCCUUUGCAGAAGCAACUGGCAGCUGAAAUUUGUGCAGAGAUAGCAAAGCAUUCAGCAACUCAGCGGAACUAUGAGAAAGCCAUUACUUUUUACAAAGAAGCGCUUGUGCACUGUGAGACAGACAACAAGGUGAUGUUGGAACUUUCCCGUUUAUACCUUGCAUUGGAUGAAGUGGAGGCAUGCCAGCACCAGUGUGCUGCCUUGCUAAAAAAUGAUCAAGACAAUGCAGCGGCCACUAUGAUGAUGGCUGACCUCGUGUUCAAGAAACAGGACUAUGAGCAGGCUGUGUUUCAUUUCCAGCAGCUUUUGGACCGCCAUCCCGACAAUUAUACUACACUCUCUCGUUUAAUUGAUCUGUUAAGAAGAGCUGGAAAAUUAGAGGAAGUUCCAAGAUUCCUUGCAAUGGCUGAGAAACAUUCCCCAAGGACAAAAGUUGAUUCAGGUUUUCAUUAUUGCAAAGGAUUGUAUUUGUGGUACACUGGUGAACCAAAUGAUGCCCUUCGACAUUUUAACAAAGCAAGAAAGGAUAAUGAUUGGGGACAAAAUGCAGUGUAUAAUAUGAUUGAAAUUUGCUUAAACCCUGACAAUGAAACGAUUGGAGGUGAGGUAUUUGAACAUCUGGAUGGUGACACAGACAGUUCUACAGAAAAGCAAGAAUCAGUCCAGCUGGCUGUGAGAACAGCAGAAAAACUCCUAAAAGAAUUGAAACCUCAGACUGCUCAAGGUCAUGUUCAGCUUGGCAUAAUGGAAAAUUACUGUUUAAUGGCAACUAAACAAAAAUCAAAUGUUGAGCGAGCACUACAUGCCUUUACAGAAAUUGUUACUAAUGAGAAGGAUCAUGUCCCGGCGCUUUUGGGAAUGGCUACAGCGUACAUGAUUUUAAAGCAAACCCCAAGAGCCAGAAACCAAUUGAAGAGAAUUUCAAAAAUGAACUGGAAUCCCAUUGAUGCCGAAGAGUUUGAAAAAAGUUGGCUUUUGCUUGCAGAUAUUUACAUUCAGUCUUCCAAAUAUGACAUGGCGAGCGAAUUACUAAAGCGGUGCCUUCGUCACAACAGGUCCUGUUGCAAAGCUUAUGAAUAUAUGGGAUACAUUAUGGAAAAAGAGCAAGCUUACAGAGAUGCAGCUAUAAACUAUGAGAUGGCCUGGAAAUAUGGGAACCAAACCAAUCCAGCCAUUGGUUUCAAGCUAGCUUUUAAUUAUCUGAAAGCCAAGAGACAUAUUGAUGCUAUCACUAUUUGUCAUAAGGUUUUAGAAGCACAUCCAAAUUACCCCAAGAUAAGAAAAGAAAUACUUGAUAAAGCACGUGCAUCUUUAAGGACUUGAGCAUUGAUGAAGGCAUUUGUGUUGAUUUGGAAGAUAAAAGGAGCUUUAAAGUCAUCUGUAAAAUUGAAGAUGCUGCACAUCCAACUAGUUCCCAGUGAAAAACAGCAGAGACUACUUGUAGAUUUAUUUUAAAAACAUGCUGCUUUAGUAUUUAGGGUUCAGUAAAAACAAAAGAUCAUUGGUGUCUAACUUUCCUCUUGAAGAUACUGGCUGUGAUCCAAAUAAACUGAGUAAAAGAAACAACAGGCACAGUUGGAAGUUUCUUUUGAAGAUUGCUCUGUGGCAGAGAAUUCUGUAGAGAGAACUUCCAGCUGUGUCCAUUGCGCUUUCUACAUUGUAGAGGUGAUUUAUUUGGAGUGUAAUCAAUGUUUUGAAACAGGGUCUACUUUGAAUCCCCAGGAAUACCAAGAAAGGGGAAAAGAAAGUACUAUACUACAAUGUUAUAUUUGUAUCUCUCUAGUUUUAACUAUUUUGUUUUUGUAAGAUAUUCUUCUUUGCUGGAAACCUUAAGCAAUAACCUAAUUCUUAUUUAAAUUUAUUUUACUCUAGCAAUAAAUACCUCAUUAUUGCAUAUUGCAUAAUGUUUGUGUGCAAUAUUGCAUAUAAAUAUGCAACAGUAUGAAGAAUAUGAUAUAGAAUGAAAGAUCUCUGCUCCAGGGUUUUCCUGAAAACUUUUUUCCAUGUUAACAGCUGUAUUCUUUUCUGUUGUCCAUCCACAAUAUUCAAUCUCUGUAUCUUUUGCAAGUGGAUCAAACUAAGACACGGCUGUCAGACUCGCCGCAUCACGUGACAUGUUGUGACAUAUUGUGACUUUUUUCACAUUGUCUGAGUUGGGAUGGGCGCGGCCUCCGGCAGUUUAACACCCCUGAACUAAGAGAUGAAGCCUUUUCCUAAGAUUACCAUGGACUUCUUAAAUUUAAGGAGAUAUUUGAACCUCCGUUGCCUACAUUAAAGCUCAAAUUUAAAUCAAGAAUUAAAAAUCAAAUUGUUACCUGUAUCUCUGGGUCCCUGUAAUACUAUCUUUUUAUUAUCAUUUCUGAUAAAGAUGCAAUUGUCUGUCAUACUUGCUCUUAAUUGAUUCUUUGGGUUAUUGUGGCAAAGAACUAUUGAGUGAUUUAUUUAGAAUUUCCAGACAAGACUACUUCUGAGAAACUUUGGUUUUAGUGAUCCAAUGAAUGCCUACGCUAUCUUGAAUUGACUAUAAUCUAAAUGGAUGUAUGCACCAUAUAACCACUUUUGUUAUUCUGUCUCAAAAAGAUGUUCACAUAAUCUGCUCUCUUCCAACCACUUGCUAAGUCAGUUGGAGCUGGAGAAUUUGUUAAAGGGAAGGGAUAGUCCCCUUCACCAGGCAUUUUUUCUAGUGUUUUUAUUACUUUUUUGUGGAAAAUUUGGGUGGGGCAAGAUUGCUUUUUUUAAAAAAGUAGUAUACACUGCAGUGUUUCCUUUUACCACAUUUGGAUUUUUUUAAAAGACUUACAUAUUAAAACCAAACAGUUUUUAUAGCCAGCACUGUUUAGUUUUCCUGUUGCCCCAACACAGGAAGAGCCAGCUGAGGGCAUCUAUUAGUUUCCUAGAUUCAACAUUUUAGAACUUGAGCGUGAUAGCUGGAAUUUUAAAUGUUGUUCCAGGGGAGGUGAGCACUAGGCCUGACAUAGUUAUUACUUGUCAGUUCUGCCUGUGGUUCUAUAUAAGGAGGUAUGUAGGUGAGGCAACCUGAAGUUGGGAGGGGAAGGGCAAAGCAGAAAAUUCCACUGUUACUUCCUUAAUGGUUUGAUUUAAGCCGAUCUUGUAUGGUAUUAAUACAAGAGAAACAGCAGAAUUAAAACUGUAUGCCAUGUAAAGCUCUGUACCUAUAUCUGCAUCGUCCAAUUCUCAGGCCCUGUGUAAAAUAUUUUUUAUAUAAUCACCUCCUUGGUAUCUAUGAAGCUGGAAAACUAUCCGUGUUACAGGUUGUUAUAUUAUUUUGGAAAAGUGAGUGAAUGUUUACUGUAUAUUAUAUAAAAACAGAUUCUCAAAUCUA